AAGGGAGGAGGAGUGUGAGCUCUCAGAGCGCAAGUUUGCAUGAAACCACGAACUGACGUGCGAUCUGCCACAAAUCAGUAUUGAUCUGGGGGAGCAGGCGUGUGCUGCACUGUUACACCCGCGCCGUUAGUUGAGUGAUUUACCGGGAGCAGCACGUCGUUCACGCAGGGAGAACAAUGAGGAAGGUUGCUUUCCUUCUAAUUGUGCUGCUCGGCGUUGCACAUGUUGCACCUUUCAUCAAAUGUGAAGAUGAUGCUGAAGAAAACAAAGAGGAGGCUGCUGAGGAGGACAGUGACGAUGAUGAUGAUGACGAGGAAGAGGAGGAUGACACGGAGGUGAAGGAGGAGAACGGGGUGCUUGUUCUCACCGAUAACAAUUUUGACACCUUCAUGGAGGGAAAAGACACAGUUCUGGUGGAGUUUUAUGCCCCAUGGUGUGGCCAUUGCAAGCAAUUUGCCCCAGAGUAUGAGAAAAUCGCUCAGACUCUUAAAGACAACGAUCCUCCCAUACCUGUGGCCAAAGUGGAUGCAACACAAGCCAGUCAGCUGGCGAGCAAGUUCGAUGUCUCGGGUUAUCCCACCAUCAAGAUCCUGAAAAAUGGAGAGCCUGUGGACUAUGAUGGAGCAAGAACAGAAAAAGCUAUUGUGGAGCGGGUAAAAGAGGUGGCUCAUCCAGACUGGAAGCCCCCUCCUGAUGCGACUCUGGUGCUGACGCAGGAAAACUUCGAUGACACGGUGAAUAAUGCCGACAUCAUCCUGGUGGAAUUUUACGCUCCAUGGUGUGGACACUGCAAGCGUCUGGCUCCAGAGUAUGAGAAGGCAGCAAAGGAGCUGAGCAAGCGCACGCCUCCCAUUCCCCUUGCAAAGGUGGACGCCACGGUUGAAACUGAGCUCGCCAAGCGCUACGGCGUGAACGGCUUCCCCACCCUGAAGAUUUUCAGAAAGGGCAGAGCGUUUGAGUACAACGGACCCAGAGAGAAUUACGGCAUCGUGGAACACAUGGGAGAGCAGGCAGGGCCUCCAUCUAAGCAAGUCCAGGCCGUGAAACAGGUGCAGGAGCUCAUAAAGGACGGCGACGAUGCCGUCAUAGUCGGCAUUUUCUCCAAUGAGCAAGAUUCAGCUUAUGAGCUCUACACAGAAGCAUGCAACACACUGAGGGAAGAUUUCAGCUUCCGUCAUUCCUUCAGCUCUGAUGUGGCUAAACUCCUGAAAGCCUCUCCUGGUCAGAUUGUCAUCGUUCAGCCGGAAAAGUUCCGCUCAAAAUAUGAGCCAGCAUCUCACACACUUACUGUAAAGGACUCAACAUCUGCAUCAGAAAUUCAAGAGUUCUUCAAGAAGCACUCGAUUCCUCUUGUGGGACACAGAAAACCAAGCAAUGAUGCAAAACGUUACAGCAAGAGACCCAUGGUGGUCGUCUAUUAUGGAGUAGACUUCAGCUUCGAUUACAAAAAAGCUACCCAGUUCUGGAGGUCCAAAGUUCUGGAGGUGGCCAAAGAUUUCCCUGAGUACACAUUUGCCAUCGCAGAUGAGGAGGAUUAUGCUGAUGAGCUGAAGAGCCUCGGUCUGAGCGACAGCGGGGAGGAGGUCAACGCUGGAAUCAUGGCGGAAGGAGGCAAGAAGUUUGCCAUGGAGCCCGACGACUUCGACUCGGAGGUUCUGAGAGACUUCGUUAUGGCUUUUAAGAAAGGAAAGCUAAAGCCCAUCAUCAAGUCCCAGCCCGUGCCAAAGAGCAACACAGGACCAGUCAAGGUUGUGGUUGGAAAGACCUUCGAUGAAAUCGUCAUGGAUACCCAGAAGGAUGUCCUGAUUGAGUUUUACGCUCCCUGGUGUGGCCACUGUAAAAAGCUGGAGCCUGAUUACUUAUCUUUGGGCAAAAAAUACAAAAAGGAGAAGAAUCUGGUGAUCGCCAAGAUGGACGCCACAGCCAACGACAUUCCAAAUGACAAUUACAAAGCGGAGGGCUUUCCUACAAUAUACUUAGCCCCGGCAAACGGCAAGCAGAGCCCGGUCAAAUUUGAAGGAGGAGAUCGAACGGUUGAGGCGCUCAGCAACUUUUUGGAAAAGCAUGCCACAAAGCUACAGCAGAAAGACGAACUAUGAGACUUUUGUUUUCCUUCAAAUGAUCUGAGGACUUGAACCACACUCGGGCUGAGCGUCGGAUGAAGCUGUUCAAGCGUCUGGGAGGGUGACGGGGUGGUAUAAAAGCGGUGUUACUGAGUUCCAAAGAUGAUUACCUGACUCAAUCAUCAUUUUUAGUUUCUGUUCAACCGAGAGAUUCUUCUGUUUUUCAAAAGCAUGUAAGCACUGACAAUUUUUAAAAUAAAAACUGAGACUGUGGACCACCACUCAA